GCUGCCAAUAACACCUGUGCUGGACUCAUUAAAGAUUUAACCAGAGAAGUCACAUGCGCACUUAAAAAUGGCUGACAACUGCCAUGCUUAACACACAUCUCAAAAACUUUGGGAAAAGGCAGAAAAAUGGAGUUGCCCUUGGACGAGGAGGACGGCACAUUCACCAGCAUUUCUUUGGCAGACGAUUCAGCAGAGUACCGCUCAAGAAAACUCUCCUCAAAAGUGGAAAGAGCUCCUACCACAAUGAUGAACGCCGAUAUGGAUGCUGUUGAGGCUGAGAAUCAGGUGGAAUUAGAAGAGAAAACACGGCUUAUUAAUCAAGUUUUGGAACUGCAGCACACACUUGAAGAUCUCUCAGCACGAGUAGAUGCUGUUAAGGAAGAAAACUUGAAACUGAAAUCAGAAAACCAAGUUCUUGGACAGUAUAUAGAAAAUCUGAUGUCAGCAUCUAGUGUUUUCCAAACAACUGACACAAAAAGCAAAAGGAAGUAAGAGUUGAUUCACAGAUUAUGUCAUUGUAUUGCUGCUGGGGGUUUUUUUGUUCCGUUUUAACUGGCAUAGGCUACAUAAGCUAAAAUACUUUAGUUUGUGGCUUACUGGAUUCUCAAACAUUAUAGACUUUGGUAAUAAACUGAAUUAAGAGCAUUAUCAUGAACAGGAGACAGAAGAUUGUGUAUUAAGAUUGAGCAAUGUGCAAAUGUAGUGUAGAUAAUUACAAAAUUUUUGUAUUUGUUUUAAAAAUGACCAUAUCUUGUUAAAAAGAAGAUUAGAUUGUCAGGUUAAACAAAGGUCUCUUGGUACUCUGAGGUCUUAGGGUAGAUUUCUUGACUAUAUUGUGUUACAAUAUUGUGUUGAAACCCCAUUUGAUAAAAAUAUGCCAAGUUUAUUGCAUCACUUUUUUGCACCUGAGAUGUGUUUACUGCGUAGGACUGUUCAUAGUUCUGCGAAACAGAACAAAAACCUAUAAACCAGUUAAGCAUUUCUGUGAAGUAGGAACAGUAUGACAUUGUUUGCAGGGCUUACUUACAGAAAAACACCUCAGAUGUUUUUGGGAAGGGGGAAGGUAAGAGGAGCAUCAAGGGUAAGCAACUUAUCAGGGAAAUAGCAAACUGAUGCAGUAUCAGAUGUAAUAUGUACGCUUGAAACUAUUGCUACUCUCCCAUUUCCCUGAAGAAUGCCCAUGCACAUCACCACAAUGCAUGAUCUUCCUGAAGUUCUUCUGUUGUGUGAUGCAAAGUUAAGUAAAAACCAGAGUGAUAAACUUUGCAGAAGGAGGUCAGCAAUGCUCCUCACGCUCAUGAACAGCCUGCAGUGAGGAACUGAGAACAAGUCUUUUCCUUCCCGCCUUUUACUUUCCUCCUGCAGUGCCAAACUUGUCUUUGCUUCAGGCCUCAGAGCAGCUGUUUUCCUGUCUCACAGCCUACACUUGUGGUGUGCUUCUUGAGGCACUGCAUAGAAACAUCUAAGGCAGAAGGAUGCCUUGGGACAAAGGUGGAUUUUGCCUCUCAAAACUGUGCUGCUCUGAGCAAUGCCUGUUGUCAAGGUGCUGUUUUUUCCUGUCUUGGAUGUUAGGUUUUGUAGGGGAGCUCAGCCCAGAUUAUGGGUCUGAGCACUUCCCACAGAGGCAGCAUGUCCAGCAUAAUCAGUAUUAAAGGAGAGGAGAAGCUGAAAUACAAACAAGUGUGUAAAUUUUAGCAGUACUUAAUUGCAUCUGUUUCAUCUUGCCCUACAGCAGCACUGCAGACUUACUUAUAGGAUGUUGGCUAGGACUGAGUUGUCGCUUCAGCAAUGAAGCCAUUUUACUUGACCUUUUAAAAAGAAACCACUACUUCAAGGAUCUCUCUCAAGCAUGGUGUGAAUGAGUCAGUGUAACAGAAUAAUAAAUCCCUCUCAAAUCCCAGGUUUCUUAGCAGCUAGGUAUUGCUGUGUCUCAAGUGUAAGUUGACAUUGUGAGGUUCCCCCCUCCCAAAGGUGAGGUUUCCCAUUUCUCCCCAUUUAAAAUGGUUGUACAAUGCUCAGUGGAAUCAACAAAGUCAAAAGACUGCAAACAAAGCACUAAUAAUACAGUCUUGAGGGAUGUUUACAAGUCUGGGUCAAGAAACCCAAUGAUGAAAAAUGGAUGAUACCAUUUGUGUCAUGAGGUCCUUGUCAACACCUAAAAUGAAUUCUAAUCUUCUGUAGAAUACUUUCUCACAUUACUGGAACUCUAAUCCAAGAAUUGCUAGCAGGUAGAGUAGAUCACAUGGCUAGUCCAGAGUUUGAGCAUUAAAGGAAGAAAAAUCACCGCAAGCACUUGACUGCUAAAGAUUGCAUUGCAUUACAGCCAUCGUAGCUUUAAAGCCAUGUCACUGCUGUCUCCAUCUGCACUGUAGAUCACCUGGUAACACAGCAUGCGCUUGAUAGACUUCAGCAAUUCCCAAUAUAAGGUAAUUUUAAAAUCAUAGGUUUGUACUGUAGAUUGGAUAGUGGUAUUUUAUCCAUCAGUAUGUAUACAGCAGUUAUUUCAUCUCCAUGCCAUUUUGCAUCCCACUACUGUGGCCUUCAUUUAAUUUAUGAGCAUUUUAAAGAUGUUGUAUUUCUGACUUUACACCAAAUAAAAACUUUUCAUUUGUCUCAA